AUGACACCUGUGGAUGUGCCUGUGGCGCAAGCUGCUACGCGUCAGCCAUCCGCCCCAGAUUUGGCGAACCUAGUUUCCACUUUUAAACUUGCAGGUCCUCCGGUCAUUCGUGAUUCGGGCGAACCUGGAACUGCAGCCUCGUCCGGUCUCCCGCCGCGUUUUUCGUCGCCGACGCGGUGUACAGACACCUCAGCGCACGAGGGUUGGGGAGGCACGCCCUCGAUUCAAGCAAACGCUUUCUCGAUUUUUCAGCCCUGGGAGGAACUGGUGCAGAAGCCCGAGGACGAGAAGGCUCAUUUUUCGUCGUUGGCGCAUGCAGCUGCGAGUUUCCCGAAACCGAGUUCCCCCCGCCCAAACGCCCACGAGGCUUCGUCUCACAUGAUGCCCUUGCCAGCAUAUAGUGCCUCUCAGAAGUCUCUUGAACGCUGCGAUUCCGUCCUCCCGAAAACUGGAAGCGCGCGCUCGACGCUGUCCAGAGUCUCUGCCUUCUUCCCAGAACCCGCCGACGCUGCGGCCGCUUCAUCGUGCCCAGCCGCUUCAUUAAACCUAGGUCCGAGCCGCCUGCAUUCCCCGGCUGCUUCUACUACAGCCCGGAACGACCGAUUCGGUGACCUGCUUCCCACGCUCUUCUCGUCCUUUUCGCUAGAGGACGAGGGAUCUUUCCCCGCAGAUGCUGACUUCUCUGGGGCCUCACACCCUGGCGGUUCCGGCCUCUUCACGUCGGCUUCUUCAUCCUGUCACAAGGAAACAGCGGUGACGCUGGCGAGGGGACAGGCGAUGUCGCGGCCCGUGUCUGUUUCUGGAGAGCGGAGAGAGACAGCGAAGGAGACUUUAUCUCUCCGGGGGGCCCGCGGGGAGGGCGCUGGAAAUUUGCUCGCGGAAAGGGGGAGAAAUGCGGGGGAAGAAACCGAAAUCUGGAUGCGAGACGGAGCGACUCUCGCCACGAAACACACACCACGACGAACCGAAGCUGCCGCCGAUACGGCUUUCCGAAGCGAGCAAGAACGGAAGACAGAGCCUUCCCCUCUGUUGAGUUUGCACGCGGCCUCGAUCUUGGCACCCGUCGGGAGACCCCGGAAGACCGCCGAGGGGGGCGACUCUGACAACAGAAGUUGCGAUUCUCUCGAUCUGCGAGGCUCGAACUCUCCGCAGCAUUCGAAUCGAUCCCAUGCCUCUUGCCCCCAUCUUGGCCCUUCUCUUCGUGCGUCUUCGCAACCGUCUCUGUUUCCUCUCCGGUUUCGGUUACCGCCUCUUCCCAUUCGUCUCCUCUAUCCUUCGUCUCUAGACCAGGAAGCGGAAGAGGAACCCGCCAAGGAGUUUGGCACAACCUCCGCUGAAUCUGGAUCCGCCUCUAUCCCUGUUGCUUCCUCUUCUUCUUCCUCUUCUUCGUCCUCUUCUUCGUCAUCAUCCUCUUCCUCUUCUUCGUCCUCUUCUUCUUCUUCCUCUUCUUCGUCCUCUUCUUCUUCUUCCUCUUCUUCGUCCUCUUCUUCUUCGUCCUCUUCUUUUUCUUCCUCUUCUUCUUCGUCCUCUUCUUCUUCUUCCUCUUCUUCCUCGUACGAGGCAGAGUGGCGCCGAUGGGAGGAGACUCCUUCUCCCGGGGGAGAAAACGGGGGAGCGCGGCUCUCCUCGAGUCCCGACGCGCAGACGUUUCUUGAGGAGAGUUUCCUCGCCACGCGCCGCGCAGAAGAUGAAGGAGGAAGCAAAGAAGGGAACAAGGCAAGCUGGGGCGGUCAGGCUUUUCUUUUGAGACUGGAGGACUGGGAAGAUCGAGAAGAAGAGGAAAAGAGUCAGACGCAAGAGCUUUUCGGGAAGGACUCUGCACUUGACUCGUGCAGUCGUCUCGAAUUGUCUUUGGAAGGCAGAGAGAGAAUGCCCUCGUGCCGUGCAUGCAACGAAGAGGGAGAAGAGGGAGAGACAGGCCAAAGUUCCGGAGACCUUGGCUGUUCCGGCGUCACGGGGGAGAUGGAGAACGGGUUCAACCCUGAACUGCCUGUCUCUUCGUUUCUCGCCAAAGUGAUUCCUUCCCGCUCCCCUCUGCCUGCAAGUUCGACGAAAAGGAUUCCGGCAACCGCGCGCGUUUCCGAGGACACAGAGACACAAAGCCGAGUCACUCAGAAGACGGAGGAAGGCCUUGUCCGCGUCUCUGCUUCUUUCGCCUCGAAACAGAAAAGCGCCUCCGAGAUCCUCUCGUCCUUCUCUUUCGAGACACCCAAAAGGUUCACAAACAUGUCGCCGCUGCCUGUCGACGCGCAAACGGCGAGUCCGUUUCCCCAGCGUGCGCGGAUUUCUGUUUCCCCGUCUCGGGCGGAUUCGCGCCACGCUCGCGCACCGUUCCUCGACGAGGAGGCGAAUCAACGGCCUUCGUGGGACCCGGCGAUCGAAGAGAGACGCGCUGGGGCAUGCGCCGAGACCGAACCUGCCGCCGCCCAGGCGCGCCUCGACUCCACCGUUUCUCGUGCGCGGCCAGAGACGGAACAAGAAAACGUGGCGUCUCCUUUGUGGACGCAAACUCAUAGAGAAGCAAAAGAAGGCGUGGAGGGUGGAGGGGGUGGACAUGGAGAGCAGAGAGAACCAAAGGUUGUGGCUGCCGCUCCUUCGCAGGAAGAAUCAAAGAGAGGAGACCAACUAGUCUCUCUGUCUCUUCCUCACUCGGUUCUGCCUUCCGCUUUUCCUCCGUCUCAGCAGAGUCUCGCUUCUCACCCCACACGUUCCAGUCUUCUGCAGCUGACGCCGGAUGCACGUUCUUCUCUUCCUGUCUCUGCUCCGUUUGCCGGCUCGAAAACGCAUUCGGCCUCUCCCUUUUCGGCGACCCUCGCGGCAGAUCCAGAGGCUCGUUUCUCUUUCGGAGAAGCCAAGAAAAACCCCCAUCUUCCUUCCUCUUCUUCGUCUUGCUCCUCUUCCUCUUCUUCUUUCUCUUCUUCUUCUUCGUCCUCUUGUUCGUUUUCUUCUGCUUUUGCUCCUUCUUUCCUUCUAGCUCCUCGUGUCGUUGGUGUUGCGCCACCGUCCACUGUCCCCUCUCCGUCGUCCGCUCGUUGCGCCUCUUCUCUGAAGACGGCGUCGAGACGCCCAUCGCUGCCUCCGCUUCUCCCGUCGGUUCAGGCGCGCCGUCUCGUUCCGCCUUCGUCUUUGCCUGCGUCCUCUCUUCCUGCAUUUCUGUUUUCCGCUCCCGUGCUGUGCCACACCGUUUCGACUGCUCCGACCGACUCUUAUCACUUUGACCACGGCUCGAGUCUGGUUCCCGCGUUUCCGCUUUCCGCCAAACCGGGCUCUCCCGCUGCUUCCUUCGGCGUGUCUGACGACAAGCGCUCGGCCCCCGCCCCGUCGCUUUCUGGAAUGCAUGCACCAGAUGCGCCGGCGAUUUCCAGCGAGGCGGGGCCGAGCGGCGGCUUCGAGCGAGAGAACUCAGCAGGGGCGCCGGGAGAUCCGCAACCCGACAGCUUGGCGAGCCUCCCACUGCGUUUGCUCGCCGAAGACAUUUGGGCUGUUGUGACGCAGAAACAGGAGCGCUGUGAAGGCGCGAAGCAGGCGUUACCGACAGAACUAGAGACCGGGAAUGCGCCGCAAGCGGCAGAGGGGACGAGCAAGGGAAUCGAGAGAUCCCCUCCCACGGGAGAGAAAGCGGCUUUUGAUUACGAGGCUCUACGCCAGCACGUCCGCAAACUCCCCGAGCGUCUUCCCUUUCCGUCUUCAUCUUCCUCUUCUUCCUCGUCUUGUGAAGCUUCCAGGACGGUGGAGCCGAGCACAGGUUCUUUGUCUCUGCUUUCUGUCGCGGGUUUGCCGAAGAGAGAGAGAGAGGAGGGGAAGAGCGACACGAAGGAGCAUCCGCCUGCGUUUGCGCUUCCGGCGCUGGGGUCUUCCUGCCUCGCUGUGAGCGCCCUGCGGUCGUCUUUAGCACGGCGAGAGAGCGCGUCGCUGUGGGGGGAUUUGGCGACCGCGGAACUGCCGCAGAGAAGAACGUCUGGGAGCGAAGCGUCCUCGUGUGCAUCCGACGCGUCUCACCACACAUUCAGAAGCAUCGCGGCGAAAGAUCAAAAAGCGGAGACUGCAGAGAGGGCGACAAAGCAAUUCCAAUCGACGCUUGAGACAGGCCGCGUGCUUCUUCACGACGACGGGCUGCAUCCCUGGCUGUCUUCUCGUCUGCCGUCGGCUUCGGAGGGGGAAAACAAACGGCUGUCGGCCCUUUCGCUCUCACAAAAGGACCGCACAUCUUUCCGCUCGUCAGCGCUCCUGCGAAGAUCGUCUCUUUCGCUGCGCCGGCAACACUCGUCUCCAUCGCGUCUUCCCGUCCCUUUCACUUCGUUCCCUGCCUCACGGGUUGCCGGAGAGGGACGCGGAGGAGCCGAAGCCAGCGGAGAACGGAGUCCGUCUGCUCUGGACAGCACGCGGGCUGUCGAAGACCGGGCUCCUGUCGCUUCAGCUGCGGCGCUCUGGGCGCGGUUGAACGCGCGAAAACAGACGCCGCUUCCUUCUGCCCGAGCCUCCUCUUUCCCAGGGGAACGACCGGAGACAGAACUUGCGAGAGGACGAGAAAGCGUACGCGGGGAAAACACAGGGAGACGCCGCGGAAUCGGCGACCAGUCGCCGACUUUCUCUGCGUCAAAGCCCGAUGGCGGCGCGGGAAGUCGAAGCCGGGAACCGAACCACGCCUUUCCAGUGUCUACCUCUCCAGAAAGGGGAAAGGAUACAUCCGCUUCGCACGUCUCGCCUCUGCCUUCACCUCUGGAGAACGGCCAGAAACCUUUCGCCUUCUCGGAUUUGCUGGACAAAGGACGGCGUCGAGAGACACGCGUGCUGCAGACCCAUAGCCGGCGAGCUGGCGAGGGCGCGAAAGAAACCGGCCUCGGCACUUUGCGCCUUUUCCCAGACGGCGCGUCGGAAACGCCGAGAAACCGCGGCGGGGGAGAUGAGGUUCAGAGAGCCCAGAACGCGACUCUGGAUUCCCAGCGCGGCCUUCUGGGGGCUCUGCGCAUGCACUCGCCAAAUGCAGAGCCGCGGGACACUCCAGGCCCGCCGCGUCGCGCCGCGUCUCCCUCGUUCGCGUCCUUUGCUUUUUGUGCUGCUCUGAGAAACGGACCUUUCCGGUCCGUCCCGUCUGGUCCGUGUCUCCCCUGUCUCCGAGAGCGCGAAGGCCUGCGCGGCUCCGGCGGCUCCGAGAGGCUCGCCGGCGAGCAGCGUGAGUUGGAGGCGAAGAUUCAGCAGCUUUCCGCCGACAAGAAGUCGCGAGGCUCCUCGCCAAAGUUGAUCGACGUGCACGGAAGGGCCGUGGCGAAAAAGCGCGUUUCUUCUUCCUCAGAGGCUGUCGCUCCUGCAGGCGCUCACCUAUUCUCCUUUUUCGAGACGCACCAGGCAGAGAGGGAACGGGAGAGACGCGCUUCUGUCCUGUCUUCAACGCAUCGUAAACAGAAGCGGCGGGGACUUCUUCAGCCCCAACACAGUCCGUUUGGUGCUUCCCCGGAUGGUCCUGUUGAUCCUGGGCGUUCGUCUUCUUUCGCAUCUCCCCACUCGCCUCCCCUUCGCCCCUCUAACUCUCUCGAACGUCAAUCUUCCCUGGCUGCAGAGCCAAACCGCAGCUCCUUUGUCUUGCCCGCCUCGCCCCCCGGCCGGCUUCCAACGUUCUCUCCUCAGUCGCGUGAAGGCUCCGUCACUGCGUCUUCUCGUCUACCGAGACGCCCUUCGACUACUCUCCCUUCUUCUUCCUCUUCUUCCUCGUCUUUUUCUUCGUUUCGUGUCUCUCACGUUUCUCUCUUGCACAGAGACGCGGCUCUGCAUGCUCCUGCGCCGCAUCCCGACGCCUCCGUUCGGCUCCAGCGCAAUUCCGCGGCCAGCGUCGGGUGUCUCGCCUUUCCCUCGUCGUCACCCUUCCCUUCUCAAGAUCCUCGUGCGUCACCGGCUGCGGAGGCUUCUCCGCAAGGCGCUGGCGCGACUCACCAAGCCUCUCGGCGGGUCGCACCUGCCUCGCUUCCUUCUGUCUCCGCGAAUCCUCUCUCUUUGCCCUGUUCUUCCGCGCGCUCUCAUGCUCUCCCGUAUUCUCCGCGGCGGGCUGUAUCUUCCGCGGCGGCGGCUUCGUCUGUGACUCAACCCGCAGAUUCGAUGGAGACGAUUCUCCAGAAGAUCAUGAAACUCAAGGAAGAAACUCAAAACUCGGCACGUGUCUCGUCCGCCGCUGUUGUAGGAGGAAGCGCAGCAGCCGACUGUGUCCCUGACGGAACUGCGGGGCUCUCACAGAGAAGCUUGGGCUGGCGAGAAGACGCGGCAGAGAACGGUCGGCAAGCGCACGUUUGGAAGGCCGCUUCGCCGUUUUCUCGCCUGAGACCGUCGCUGGAAACUGGAAGCGAAGAGUGCAGAAGGUCGCGUGUCCCGUCUUCCUUCGCGGCCACCGGCGCAGAGGAGCGAUCGCGACACCGAGACGGGAGACGGGAAGAAGAGAGAGAAAUGAACUGCCCGGAGUUCUCCUUCAGUCGCUAUCGCGGCAGCGGCGAGCCCAAGGAACGUGGGGGUGAAGUCGAGAAAAAGAGAGGGAACAGGCUCUCGCCAACUUUGCUUGAGUCGCGCAACACGGCGUCUCCGCCGGAGUCUCCGAGGCUGGAGGCGGAGAGAGGGGAUCCGCGCGAAAAAGGAAGAGGCGAAGAGCACGCGGAGAGAAGGCUUUAUUCGGGUGGCGAGGAGGAAGAGGCGUCCGGCGCCUCAAGCGCUUUCCACCGGCUGUUGGAGGGGUUUUCAAAGAACGGGCGAGACGCGAGGACGCAAGGUUCGCGCAGGGUUCGAAACGAAGCAAAGCAGGGAGGGAAGGAGAGGAACGGAAAGACGUCGACAACGUUUCGGUUCCCUUCUCUGGAAGGCGAGAAGGCCCACGACACCUCGAGGAAAGCCGCGUUUCGCGCUUUCUGGAAUCCGACGGUUCCGGAUUCGAAGCCUUCGCCGCGUUCCUGGGCGCAGGACGUGGGAGCAACAGAGAAGAAGCUAAGCAGAGAGGAGGAAAAGGCCGAUCGGGAGGCCAAGGCGAAGAAAGAAAAGAGCGAACGGACCAGAGACCGACAGGCAGCGUCUCUGCCUUCGGGCUCCCGUCCCCUUUCUUCCUUUCUCGCGCAGCAGAAGCCUGGAGAUAAAGGAAGAGUCGGAGACUUCGACCGAGAAAAAGACCGGAACCGAAGCGGCCUCGCCCCGUCCAUCGCAGAGGAGUACCUCGCGACUCUCGAGAGACUGCGUUGCAAGUACCGAACGCAGGGCGGGUUUCCAGAAGAAGCUUAA